AAUUAAAGAUGGAGUCGACUGUGACAGAUUUCCCGAGUUAUCCAUCGUGUUAAUGUGAAUGUCAUAUUUGGACUAUCAGAACUAUGCAAAAACUGUCUUUCUGGAGGAUUAGUUGCAGAAUACAUAAAAUCAUUCGUAUGUUGACAUAAGACGUGCAAGAGAUGUAAGAUGGAGGGCCUGAAGCUCAGUGAUCAAGAGCAGCGAUUUUAUGGAGAAUUAUUUCAAACCUGUGAUACUGAUGUUUCUGGGAAAAUAAGUGGAAUCAAAGCUUUAGAACUAUUCAGAGCUUCAGGUUUGAAUCAGGAAGCGUUACAUCAGAUAACAGAGCUGUGUGGAGCCAAGCGUCUCGGACAUUUUGGUCGCAGUCAGUUCUACAUUGCCCUGAAGUUGAUAGCAGCGGGCCAGGCAGGUCUUCCUGUCAAACUCGACAGUUUAAACUCAGGUGUAGAAAUAGCUUUGCCAAAGUUUACGAAAGUCAACGAACAAGGUGAGAGAAGAUGGCCCUCAGCCGCCUCUGACCAGGAGGGUGGACCGGUCACUGCAGAUGGUAAAGUCAGUGGCGCGGCGGGCCAGCUUCCUCCACCCCCUUCAGCAAAGAAGUCCCACACACGGAGUUUGUCCGGGCAGUACCGUGGGGUCGUCACGGAGGGACAGCAGCCAUUCAAUGCACAACAGCCACAAACGACCAACAAAGAGGAAUCCAACGACUCCAAGUCCCCUCCCUUCUCCCCCCGACAGUCCCCACCUGCCUCUCCCCCAGGGGUCCGCAGACAACUACUGAAGCAGCAGACCCUCCCUGCCACCUUCCCUGCCGUCACAGUAGCGCCCCCAGUAAAUGUGAAGAUGGCGAGUUUGGAUGGUGGCCAUGUCAACCCUGUGGCCCUGGCCGGAGGAGCGUAUCUCAACUCCACCAGUGAAAACGGGAACUGGGCUUUGUUUGAAGACGAGGAUAGUCACAUGUUGCUAGGUGCUGGUGCCAAGAAGUGGGAUCACCUGGAGCCUCCUGGGUUUGACUCGUCCUCCAUCAGCUCUGAGGCAGAGAGUGUGGAUGACAUCUGGGCCAUCAGUGAGGAACAGAGAGAGUAUUACAUGAAACAGUUCAAGACCAUGCAGCCUGACCUAGGGGGCGUUAUAACAGGAAAGGUAGCCAAAGACUUCUUUGAGAAGUCUAAACUGCCAGUAGUAGAGCUUUCUAAGAUAUGGCAACUGUCAGAUCUGAAUCGGGAUGGAGCUCUGUCUCUGGAGGAGUUCUGCAUUGCCAUGCAUCUAGUGGUGUUACGAAGGAACGAGAUCGAAUUGCCGGAACGUCUACCCCUCUCUCUCAUGCCCUAUGCUACACUUACAAGUGACGAACCAUUCGCAGCUGACCUGCCCCCAGGAAGCACCCUCAAGCGAACCACGCCCCCUUCCCCCCAGGCUAGUCAGUGGACUGCUAGCUUUGUUCAGGAAUCUCCAGGGUCAAGCGGAGUUCCCUCCCCUGCCCUAUUGCCAGUCAACUUUGAGUUUGCUAAGCCUAAUGCUGCAGACCCUGAUUCAAAGAUCAUUCACCCUGUGGCUGUACGAAUGUCUCCGGAUGGCCACCCGAUAGCUCCCGAGGGAUUCGACAGGGGUAGGGCAUUGUCAGAUCCUGGGUCGCAUGACUGUGCCCCACCUGACUCGCCGGACGCUGUUACCCCCACAAAGCAACGUUCCAAUACUGAGUCCUACCCUGACGCUAGUCAGAGUGACCCCUCAGCUAAAUACAACACACCCCUCCAUGGCCGACCCAGGCCUAUUGCAAAGAAGCAAAAUCCAGUGCCAAUGGUUGUCCGUGGUCAUAUACAACCCCCUCCACUAACUAGUCACGAAGUCGGCCCGGAUCGGCCUCACGCCCUUUUGUCCUCUGUGAGCGGCGAGUCAUCUUUAGUCAACUCCGAGCCCCCUGCACCACCUCCUAGACCACCCGGCACACACGGACGCAGUAUGUCAGUUGAUCUCAAGCCAAAGACAGAAGGAGGAAAUUACAGUGCUCUGCUGCCUCCCCCAGCUGUACCACCGAGAGUGUCGCCAAAAGACGCACCCGGCUGGAAAACCAAUGAAGGUGCAGGUAUUGCCGCCACGGAAGGGGGUGCAGAUCGGGCAGUGUCGUUUAGUGAGCCCUUGUCGACGACAGAGAACACAGUCACUAAUGAGGUCCCGAAGGAUACUGUGGAUGGGAGUGGAGAUUUCUCCAGUACAGCUUCUUCCAGUCUGACAGUAGCAGCAGAAAAUAAGGUUGUAUCGCCGUUGCCACGGGAACAGAGCGUGGCAGAGGAGGUGGAGUCAGGCAAGCCUCAGCAUGCGGUCUUAGCAUUACGGCAAGCAAGUCGAGACAAGCGUGAACUUCACAUGGCAGUGCGUACCCACACAGAGCGGAAUGCAAUGCUCACCCGAUUGAACUGUGAACUUAACCAGGAGUUACAAGAAGUGAUGGAGCAGAGGAUAGCUCUGGAGAUUCAGCUGGAGCACCUGCGGCCCUUCUCUAGUUAGUCCCAGCUAGGGGAGACAAUCUGUGAUGGGAUCCCAGGAAUAUGAGUUAUCUCCCCUGUAUUGUCCUCUUUCUAGAUGUAUAUAUUAUUAACAACAACGCUGUCUUGUGGCUCCAAGUAAUGAUAUUGCCUAUAUGCUGUGAGAACUCUAUCAGUCAUUUAGCCCUAGGUGGACUGAUUUUAAGUAGUAUUGUAUUUUGAAAUGAUUAUUUCACUACUGGAUGUGGAUAUGUAUGUGGGACAUGUAUCACCAUUAUCUGUCUUGUAAGAUCCUGUGUAAAUGAAGGGAGAUAACUCAUACAACUACCGGCUGACCCAAAUGCAAUUCAGUUUUGAUAUGGAAGUGUUUGAAUCCUGAAGAUUCUAGAACAAUGUAGUGAUCUGAGAUGCAGCUAGAAGUACAAGGAGGUGGGAAUAGCAGCUUUUAGCCUCUGUGUCCAAGUGUUGGAGAAAGUGCCGUUGCUGUUGCUGCUGAGAGCUGUGUGGUCGAUGGACGCUUCUCGGUGUAACUGUGAAUGAUGGCUGGAUGUUGAGGAGGUGUACAGUGAUGAAAUAGUGCAUGCAUGUAAAUAGUGGCCUGUGUUUUAGCCCAGUGAAAACUGAUCUGAAGUUUUAAUGAACAUAUUUUACUGUGUGAAGGUCAUUCCCUGAUAAUCAUUAUUAGCUCAUAACUGUAGAAGUCUGUCGCUCAAUGGUGGUCGUUCUUCUAAUGAUGGCUCAUCUCCCAGGUUGGUGUAGACUUGCUGUAGCAAUCUGUAGUCUUCUGUAGCAAUCUGUAGUCUACCUGCUGCAGUAAGAUAUUUAUUUCAUGACUUGAUGAAUACUUAGCUUAUUUGAAUUGGAAAUUCAUUAUUUAUUCAUCUUAACACUUUCUCAGCAACAAGAUUUUUUUUGUUCAGAACUGUUUCAAAGAUACUAUGCUCUUAUUUUUUGUUUGAAUUUUGUUAGGAUUGUUAGAAUGUGAGCAAUGGCUGUCAUAAACUCUGUUGUCUCCUGAUACACUGGAAAGAGAAGUUACUUUCUGCUUGAAAUUAUUUUGAUUUCCAAGAGACUUCAAAUAAAUUCCAUAUGUGGUUCUCA